AUGACAAAUAAACAAGAAUUUCAACAAGAAUUAAAAGAAAAAAUUAAGGAGGGAGUAAAACUUUCGGACUUGAAAAAGAAAAAACUCGAGGGAAAUUCUACACAAUUCAUCCACGGCAUUCCUACUCCACCCCCAACUCCCCCUUUAAAACCUACCCAGGAGGAUAAUUUACCACCGCCCAUAAGGAUAUCAGAAAAUAAGCAAAUAAAAGAACUUCAAGGACAGGUUAAAUACUGGUCCAAUACGGCUGCUAAUUAUUUAAAAAGUUUACAAAAACUAACGGCUGAAAAUGAUAAUUUGAAAGAGGAGAUAAAAAAAAUAAAACCUACUAAAACUCAAACAGAAUUAGAAAAGGCUCUCCAAGAAGCCAAUCAGAAAAUAAGAGAAAAAAGUCUGAAUAACAAAAAGUCGGAAGAACAACAAAAAAAUAAUCUUUUACAGGAGAAUAUAAAGAAAUUACAAACAAAAAUCAACGAGCAAGAGAAAACUAUUGAAAGCCUCCAAAACCAAGCAAAAAAUAAGGACAAUAACCAAGAACAACCAAUUAAAUCCUUCUUCUGCGAUGGCUGUCAAUUAACUAAAUCGGGAGAAUAUAUCAAAAGAAAAAUUGACAGUCCUUUUGAACCUC